AUAUUCAUUUUCAAUAAAUAAAUCAGGUAGAUAAAUAUACAAAAUAACAAUUACCAACAUAUAAAUUAUAAUUGUUUAAAAUUAUAAACUAAUAAUUUUAAUAUUAUGUCUUAAAUAGGAAAAAAAUAUAUCAUGCAAAAAAAAAUUGCAUUUUGUUCAAAAAGUGGUUGAAGAUAACUAUCAUGUGAAAAAUGUAUGAAAAAACUUAAAAAGGAUGAAGACACAAUUGUAUGCAAUAUGUGUUUUGAUAAAAAAUUAAAGGGAACAUUAAGGUUUAUAAUAUAUAUAUAUAUAUAUAUAUAUUUGAAUACUUUGUAAAUCAUAUUUUAAUCAUCAAAAUUAAAUUUAAUUAUUUAUAUGAUUUAAUUUUUUAUCAGGCAUAUAAAAUUAUAAAUUAUAGAUUAUAAAAUAUUUUUUAUAAAAUGAGUUCCCAUGCGAUAUCGCACGGGCUAUUUGACUAGUAUGUUAUAAUAAUAAUUUAAAAUAAAUCACGCCUCCACUCCCGGAACUCUCUUCCUCUUUAUAUACUUUCCAACAAUAACAAGCUUCAACACAAACACAUAAACUUCUCUCUUUUAUAAUAUUUUUCCUCCCAUUUCUGUUUGGAAUAAUGGUUUCGUAUUCUAAUAAUCCUUUUGUUUACGCUUUCAUAUGUCUCCUAUCAAUCGGCAACACGUUUGUAUUAUCUUCAAGUUCGUUGCCGCAUACUCAAGAUCCUAAUCUAGUAGUUGACGAGGUUAAUAGAAGUGUAUUCAAUGCGUCAAGGAGGAGCCUCGCCUACCUAUCUUGUAGAACGGGUAAUCCUAUUGAUGAUUGUUGGCGUUGCGAUCCAAACUGGGAGACAUAUCGCCAACGGCUAGCCGAUUGUGCUAUAGGGUUUGGCAAAAACGCUAUCGGAGGCCGCGAUGGCAGAAUUUACGUGGUCACAGAUUCGGCCAACGAUGAUCCGGUAAACCCUAGACCAGGAACCCUAAGACAUGCGGUCACGCAAGAAGAACCAUUAUGGAUCAUUUUCAAGAGAGAUAUGGUCAUUAGGCUCAAGAAAGAACUUAUCAUCACAUCUUUCAAGACCAUUGAUGGUAGAGGCUCAAGUGUUCAUAUAACCGAUGGACCUUGCAUUAAGAUCCACUAUGAAACUAACAUCAUCAUACAUGGUAUUAACAUCCAUGACUGCAAACCAGGAUCAGGUGGCAUGAUUAGAGAUGGCUCACGUCACACCGGGUGGUGGGUCCCAUCAGAUGGAGAUGCAGUGGCGAUAUUUGGAGGCAAACACAUUUGGAUCGACCAUUGCUCUUUGUCUAACUGCGAUGAUGGUCUCAUAGACGCCAUACAUGGUUCGACCGCUAUAACAAUAUCGAACAACUACAUGACGCACCAUGACAAGGUCAUGCUUUUAGGACACAGCGAUAGCUAUACCCAGGACAAGAACAUGCAAGUCACCAUUGCGUUUAACCAUUUCGGAGAAGGGCUCGUUCAAAGGAUGCCACGGUGCAGGCAUGGAUAUUUCCAUGUGGUGAACAAUGAUUACACACACUGGGAAAUGUAUGCUAUCGGUGGAAGUGCUUCUCCGACGAUAUACAGUCAAGGCAAUAGAUUUCUCGCUCCUAAUACCCGAUUUAAUAAAGAGGUUACAAAACAUGAAGAUGCACCCGAAAGCGAAUGGAGAGGUUGGAACUGGAGAUCGGAAGGGGAUAUGUUGUUGAACGGAGCAUAUUUCCGGCAGUCAGGUGCCGGAGCUUCAUCGACAUAUGCAAGAGCUUCUAGCCUAAGUGCUAGGCCAUCAUCGCUUGUGGGUUCCAUCACGACGACAGCAGGAACACUAAGUUGUCGGCGAGGCCGUCGCUGUUGAUUAUUCAGUAUAACGAUGAUAAGGGAAUCGUUAAGAGAUAAAAAAGAUAUUAAAGGAUCAUUGUGUAUAUGCAAUGGUUCCUAUAUGCAAUUCUGUUUCUCUCACUUUUUUUUUUAAGUUUUUCAAUGCAAUGUUAUAAGUGUAAUGCGUCUGCUAUGUCUUUGGACAUUGAGAGGGAUGGUCUCUAAAUUUAUAGUUUAAAGCUAUAUAAAACCAUUUCAAGCUUUA